AUGAAGUACGAUAGGAGACCUCUAAAACCUGAAUUGCAAUUGACACAAACACAAGAUAGACCGUUUCAGGAGUUAUUUAUCGAUACAUUUUCAAUAGAAGGACAAUAUUACCUCACUAUAGUAGAUGGUUUUAGUAAAUUAGGACAGGCAUUUUUAAUAAGUUCACGCUCAACUCCCGAAGUAGUUAGGGCUUUAAUAAAAUAUUUUUCUUUAUACGGCGUACCUGGACGAAUUAGUGCGGAUCCCGGAGCCGAGUUUAAUAAUGCAUUAUUAAGAGAUCUUCUAUCAUUUUACAAAAUAAAUCUUCACAUUAGUACUCCACAUAACCCCAACUCAAUGGGGAUAGUCGAAAGAUUUCAUUCCACCAUCAUCGAAAUAUAUAGAAUAGCUAAAUACGAACGGAAGAUAACUGAUGCGACGGAUGUAAUGACUUAUGCGAUUAUGUCUUAUAAUCAUUCAAUCCAUUCUACUACAGGCUUAACACCCUUUGAAGUCGUAUUUGGCCAUACCGAGUCUAAUCAUAUAUUUUCUGUAGAUUUUAAUAAAAUGUAUACACAACAAUUAGUUAAGGAACAUGCUCGAAAAACUAAAUUCUUAUAUCAAUAUUUAACCGAUAAAAUCAUACAUCAAAAACAGCAUUUAAUCGAGAAACAUGGCGGUGAAAAAGAGUUAGAAAUAGACAUAGGCGAUACCGUGUUUAUAAAGGGAGUUAACACGCGACGUAGUAAGGAUAAGGCACGUUAUCAAAAGCCCGAGUAUUGGGUCCGAUUCAUAGAAACGUUGUUACUCCUGCUGGUACAUCUGACCCCAAGCCAGGCCCUUCAACUGCAAAAGAUUUAUAGAAACCCAGGCCUCCUACCCAUUAAAGAAGGUCAAGCAGUAGUAGCUUACGACAGAUGGACCGUGAUAAAGAUUUUAGAUUUUAAAGCUAUCAACGACGAACUAGAACUAAAUAUAAAUAACUUCUUAACACUUAAAACCGAAGUACAAAAUUGUUUCGACACUAGCCUAUUCAAUUUGCACUUCCAAGAAGUACAGUUACAAAUUAGUUUCAUAAUGAAUAUAACAGUGGAAAAAUAUAAACAAUUAGUUCCGACUUCAAAAUCUAAACGUGGUUUAUUGAAUCCUAUUGGAACAUUCAUUAAAGCAAUAACUGGCAAUCUUGAUAAUGAAGAUGCUAUCAGAUAUGAAGAUUUAAUUAAUAAAUUAAAAACUAGACAGGACGCUAUUAGUAAUAAAAUAACCAUAGUUUUCGAAAUGAUGAGUACUGUAACAAAAAUUAUUAAUGUAACAAGGAAUAAUUUCAUUCAAAUUAAAGAACGUUUUGAGGACAUAGAUCUCAGGUUAAACAAUUCUAAAAUGUUACAAAUGAGUAAUGAAAUUAUUCAUUUUUAUAAUAUUUUUACCCAUAACUUUCAAACUAUUUACUCAAGACUAAAUGAAAUUGAAACAGCUCUCGCUUUUGCUAGGAUUAAAAUAUUACAUCAAUCUAUUAUUGAUACUAAGGAAUUACUGUCAAUUUUAAAAGAAAUAGAAUCUAUGUAUAAUUUAGUAUUUCCAGUGAAUAUUGAAAAUAUUGUAAAAAUUGAACUGAAUAUUGAGAUGGAAGCGUAUAUCAAACAAAAUCAGAUAAAGUUUAUUAUGCACAUACCCUUAAUUAAAAAUGAACUUUAUAAUUAUUAUAAAUUAAUACCUUUACCAGUGCCUAGUUAUAGUAAUAAUAUAUCUAACAUUAUCCUUCCUAAGUAUCCCUAUGUCCUAGUGAAAGGGUUGAAAGUCGAGCCGCUCUCACAACCAUGCCAAGAAAUAGAUGAAAACCGAUUUUUAUGUCCUGAAUUUGAAACUACACUGGUAUUGAAGGACGAAUGUAUUACUACACUAAUUAAUUUUUCCCCCAACACAUCUUCAUGUCGUCCUGUGCCCGUUCUAAUCGAAGAUGUCAAGAUUUAUUUAGUACAACAAAAUCAUUGGAUAAUAUUUUCGAGAAUAGAAACCAUUAUAUCUAAAACGUGUGACAACGACGUUUCACAUGAGCCAUUAAUGGGCACUUACCUGUUAACCCUAGAUGAUGAUUGUUCGAUAAGAAUCAAGGAUUUCAACUUAAAAAGAAACGAACACCAGGGAAACGAUAUCGCGUUUACCCGAUUCCCAAUUGUAAACCUACCGUUAAUCUCCAGCGAAAUUAAGUCACAGAACAAGCGUCUGAAUUUAGAUGGAAUCGACCUUGCAGACGUUCAACUCUUAAACCUUUUGGUGAAAAAUAGUGUUCCUACAAGUGUUAGUGAAAGUGAAUUAAAUCAAUGGUUCUUUGGUAUAAUUAAUAUAGUAAUAAGUUUUUUACUCAUGACAUGUGUCAUUUUAUUAGCAUUUAAAAAUAGAAUUAAGAAAAUUAUGUUUCAACCUAAACAGAAUAUUCGAGAUCAUCCAAACCCUGAGGAUAAUCUCGAUUCUAAGGAGAGAGGAGUUAUACAGUCACAAGACAUAUUUCCUAAUCUUUAA